AUGCAUAUCCCUGGCGAGAGAGUGCGAGGGCCGAGAGCAGGCAACGCAGCGCCAAGCCCUAAGCACGGGCGCCUAAUUCGGGCGAGUGGCGCGGCCUGUGGGCUGAGGCGCCCUCGCCGCGCCGCCCUCAUUAGGCGCGGGAGAUCUGCCUCCUCCGAGGGAAGCGAGCACGAGUUACGCCGGGAUAACCACACCGGCUGUCACUCCAAGCCUGCCUGUUACGCCUUCGGGCAUCAUCUUUAUCAUCAUCAGCAUCAUUCAUUAUCAUCACCAUCAUCAUCAUCAGUUCGGAUCGAGGGCUUUGAAAGGUAUGGGGACGGACGCGGCUACAGCCCCCCCGGGCCCGUCGCCCUCCCUCUGACGCCCUCGCCCGACGCCCACGGCCGGGCCCUGACGCCCACGGAGAGCCUGGGCGGGCUGUCUCCGGGCGGCCUGGUGUCGCUGGCGCCGCUGUGCCCGCAGUACGACGUGCGGCCCGAACCGCCCGAGGAGCCCAUCAACCUCACCACGCGGCCGCCCGCGCUCUACGACCGCCCGCCCGAGGACCUCAGCACCGCCCACGCCAUACUCGACCUGUCCACCGCCCGCGUGGCCGAGUACUCGCCCCCGCACACGCCGCCCUCGCCGCACGCGCCGCACGCGGCCCUCGAGUACCACCACGCGCUCCCGCACCCGCACCCUCUCCCCCACGCGCCCCCGCACUCGCCGCACUCCCCGCCGCCCGCGCCGCCGCCCGCCUACCACCUGCACGGCAGCCCCGGCGACAGCGGCGGUGGCGUCGGCGGCGGCGGCGGCGUCGGCGGCGAGCCCAGCGGGGCGCCCGAGCAGCACGACGAGGACGCCGACGGCAAGAAGCCGUGCACGGUGGCCUACACGUACGAGGCGUUCUUCGUGAGCGACGGGCGCAGCAAGCGGCGCGGCGUCGACCCCGGCGAGAAGCAGCGCUACACGUGCUCGGAGUGCGGCAAGCACUACGCCACGUCGUCGAACCUGUCGCGCCACAAGCAGACGCACCGUGACCUGGACUCCGGCAACGCGCGCCGCUGCCACGUGUGCGGCAAGGCCUACGUCAGCAUGCCGGCGCUCGCCAUGCACGUGCUGACGCAUAACCUGACGCACCGCUGCGGCGUGUGCGGCAAGGCCUUCUCGCGCCCCUGGCUCCUGCAGGGCCACAUGCGCUCGCACACGGGCGAGAAGCCCUUCGGCUGCGCGCACUGCGGCAAGUCCUUCGCCGACCGAUCCAACCUGCGCGCGCACAUGCAGACGCACUCCCAGCUCAAGAACUUCCGGUGCAAGCGCUGCAACAAGUCCUUCGCCCUCAAGUCGUACCUCAACAAGCACUACGAGUCCGCGUGCUUCAAGGACAUGCCUCUCCCGCCCUCCACGCCAGAGCCGCCUUAGCUUCUCUCCGCGCAGCCUCCGCUCCAUCCCGCUCACCGCCUGAACCGUACAAACCCACCGUCCCGACCCAAGAGAACCGAGAAGGAACAGAGCAAGCUGAAGGAAGGACGCGACAGAGAGAGGAACAG